AUGUGGAGGCUAAAGAUCGGAGGAGGAGGAGGGCCAUGGAUGCAGACGACGAGCAACUUCCAUGGCCGGCAGGUGUGGGAGUUCGACCCGGACGCCGGCACGCCUGAGGAGCGCGCCGUGGUGGAGAGGCUCCGCCACCACUUCACCAGCAAUCGCUUCCUCAGGAGGGAACCACAGGACCUCCUCAUGCGCAUGCAGUUCGAGAAGCGAAUUAGCACGAGUGAUCAUGCAGAUACAGCAACGAGCGCAGCGCAAAAGUUGGACGACGGUGAGGAGGUGACGGAGAGCGUCGUGGUGGCGUCGCUGCGGCGAGCCCUUGGCCGGAUGACCGUCCUGCAGGCCGAAGACGGCCACUGGCCCGGUGACUGCAGCGGGAUCAUGUACCUCCUGCCAUUCUGGAUCUUCGCCCUACACAUCACUGCCACCAUCGACGCCGCCUUGUCGCCUGAGCAUCAACGGGAGAUAUGCCGUCAUAUUUACAAUCACCAGAACGAGGACGGUGGAUGGGGCUUUCAGAUCGUGGGGCCAAGCACCAUGUUUGGCACUUGUUUGAACUACACCACAUUAAGGCUUCUCGGUGAGGUGAACAAGACUGGUGAUGGUGAUCCACUGGCAAGAGGCCGGGCUUGGAUUUUAUCCAACGGAACUGCAACUGCAGCUCCGCAGUGGGCCAAGAUAUUACUCUCGGUUAUUGGUGUUUAUGAUUGGUCCGGAAAUAAUCCAAUGAUCCCAGAACUUUGGUUGCUUCCACGUUUACUGCCAAUUCAUCCAGGGCGAUUCUGGAACUUCACGCGGACCGUUUAUAUGUCGAUUUCUUAUCUUUAUGCGAAGAAAUUCGUUGGGCCAGCUACUCCAACAAUAUUAUCAUUAAGGGAUGAACUGUACGAUACACCAUACGCUGAGAUCGAUUGGAACAAGGCUCGUGGCAGUUGUGCGAAGGCGGACAUCAGAUACCCACCUUCAGUAAUGUAUAAAAUUAUUUCAACCUGUCUGAACAAGUUCGUGGAUCCAGUCUUGAAUUUUUGGCCAGUCUGCAAACUAAGACAACGAGCUUUACAACACAUAAUGGAACAUAUCCACUAUGAAGAUGAGCAUACUCAGUUCGUUGGUCUUUGUCCUGUAACCAAGGCAUUAAAUAUGAUUUGCUGCUGGGUAGAAAAUCCAAAGUCUGAUACAAUAAAACGACAUCUUCCAAGAAUACAUGAUUAUUUAUGGAUGGCAGAAGAUGGCAUGAAGACCAAGAUAGAAGAUGGUACCCAUAAUUGGGAGAUAGCACUUGUCGUUCAGUCCUUGUGCUCAACCGAUCUCAUCAAUGAAUAUGGUCCAACUAUAGAGAGAGCUCACAGCUAUAUAAAAAGAGCACAGAUUAGGAGAAAUCAUCCUGGCGAUCAAAGUUACUGGUUUCGCCAUACAGCAAAGGGUUCAUGGACACUAUCAACUGCAGAUCAAGGCUGGGGCUCGAGCGAUUGUUCUGCCGAAGCACUUAAGGUAAUACUGAUGUUAUCAAAAUUCUCUCCGAGCGUUGUUGGCCAACCAAUGGAAAAGGAGAGGAUUUAUGACACAAUCGAUUUCCUUCUUUCACUCAAGAACAAUGAUGGUUCCUUCUCGACAUUUGAACGGCAAAGAUCUUACUCUUGGAUAGAGAUUUUGAAUCCAUCCGAAAGUUUCAGAAACAUUGUUGCCGAUUAUCCGACUGUUGAAUGUACGGCGUCUGUGAUAAUGACUCUAAUACUGUUUAGAGAGCUCUAUCAUGAAUACCGCACUGAAGAGAUAAAUAAAUGCAUCAAUCAAGCUUCCAGAUAUAUCGAGAGUAAUCAGAACAGGGAUGGCUCAUGGUAUGGCACUUGGGCCAUAUGCUAUAUAUAUGGGACUAUGUUCGCGGUAAAAGGUUUGGUUUCUUCAGGAAGAACAUAUGACAACAGUAUUUGCAUCAGGAAAGCUUGUGAGUUUUUGCUAUCAAAACAACUAGAAACAGGUGGCUGGGGAGAGAGCUAUCAGUCAUGUGAAAACGAGGUUUACGUAGAGGGUAGUUGUACUCAUGCAGUACACACAGCUUGGGCGAUGCUAGCACUCAUUUCUGCCGGGCAGAUGGAACGUGACAGAACACCACUACAUCGUGCUGCAAAAGUGUUAAUCAAUAUGCAGCUAGAGACAGGCGACUUUCCUCAACAAGAACACAUUGGGUCCUUCAACUCUUCAGUUUACUUUAACUACCCCAACUACCGCAAUUUAUUCCCAAUAUGGGCUCUUGGAGAAUAUCGCCGUACACUCAUAUGA